AUGGUUGCAUCCACCGCAAAUCCCCAGGACCACGUCAAGAUCUCCGAUGAUGUUACGCCUACGCACUAUAAUGUGACGAUUAGGACAGAUUUAGAAAAGGAUGUGUAUGACGGACGCUCUGAGAUCGAUCUCAAUGUCAACGUCGCUACCUCAUCCAUCACCUUCCACCUCGGCGAACCUACCGUUGUGACCUACGCCGCCCUCUCGAGCGAGAACCUCAAGACGGACAGUCUGCAAGUCGCGAAGGAAAUCAAGGCAGACAAGGAGGGCGAGCGGGUGACAGUCACCUUCGAGGAGACGCUUCGCGCCGGGACCAAGGCGAAAUUGGCGUUGGCUUUCAAGUCGCAGUUGACCGGUUCCCUGAUGGGUUACUACAAGUCGACUUGGGCACAUGAAGGACGCAAGGGAACGUAUGCGUUGACCCAGUUCGAACCCACCGCGGCACGCAAGGCCAUGCCGUGCUGGGACGAGCCCGCGAUCAAGGCGACCUUCGACCUUUCUCUCUUGUCUCGCUCCAACACGGUCUCUCUCAGCAAUAUGGAUGCCAUAAGCGCGUCACCUAGCAAUGCUGCGUUUGAGCAGAGCAAGCUGUUUGCCACCGCUGCUGUGACUGAGAAGGGGCCGAACGAGAAGGGGCCCGCUGAGAAGGGCCCAUCAGAGAAGGGACCUGCGGGCGAUUGGACUCUCACCAAGUUCGCUACGACCCCCAAGAUGUCCACCUACCUUGUUGCGUGGGCCAACGGCGAGUUCAAGCACACCGAGUCCUCUUACACGUCCACCUCAGGCCAGAAGGUCAACCUGCGUGUGUACACCACUCCGGAGUACAUCACCCAGGCCGGUCUCGCACUCGACGUCAAGGUCCGCAUCUUGCCCCAUUACGAGCGUAUCUUCGACAUUGCCUAUCCGCUUCCGAAGCUCGACACGCUUGUGGCGAGCGACUUUGACGCAGGUGCGAUGGAGAACUGGGGCUUGAUCACCGGCAGGACGUCCGCAUAUUUGUAUGACCCGAAGACGAGCGGCAUCAACUCCCUCAAACAAAUCACGGAAACUCAGUCCCACGAGGUCGCACAUCAGUGGUUCGGGAACAUAGUGACGAUGAAGUGGUGGGAUAACCUGUGGCUCAACGAGGCGUUUGCUACCCUCAUGGGCGAAGUGAUCAUCAUCCAGCAGAUCCACCCCGAAUGGCGUCCUCAUGCAGAGUUCAUCAACAUGCACUUGGAUCGGGCAUUGAAUUUGGACUCGCUGAGGUCAUCCCAUCCUAUCGAGGUACCUUGCCCGGACGAGAAGGCCAUCAACCAGAUCUUCGAUGCGAUCUCGUAUUCCAAGGGUGCUUCUGUGCUCCGCAUGCUCUCCUCCAUGAUCGGCGAAGAGGUCUUCCUAAAGGGCGUCUCCAAGUACCUCAAGUCCCACCUGUACAGCAACUCGGUGACCGCCGACCUCUGGCGCGGCAUCUCCGAAGCCUCGGGUAUCAACGUAAACGAGAUCAUGGCCUCCUGGACGCUCAAAGUCGGCUAUCCGCUCAUCCAAGUCUCGGAAACCGCCUCGGGGAUCAAAGCCCAACAGACGCGUUUCCUGGCCACGAACGACCUCAAACCGGAGGAGGACGAGACGCUGUGGCAUGUCCCGUUGAAUAUCUUGACUGUGGGUGCUGGGAAGGCCGUGGUGGAUAGCAAGGCGGUGCUUACGGCGAAGGAAGCUACGUUUGAUAUUCCCAAUGUGGGAAACUCGCUGUACAAGCUGAAUGCUGGGACUACCGGCGUUUAUCGCGUUCUCUACCCUCCCGAGCACCUGUCCAAGCUCGGCGACGAGGCUGCUCGGAAGGGCAGUUCCCUCACGCCAGAGGACCGCAUGGGCCUCGUUUCCGACGCCUUUGUCCUCGCGCGUUCUGGUCACGGGAGCACGAGCGCAGCUCUCGAUCUCAUCAAGAAGUUGCGGAAUGAGGACGACUACCUCGUCUGGUCGCGCAUGGCAAAUGCUAUCUCUGAGGUCGGCACUGUCUGGUGGGAGCAACCCGAGGAUGUCCAAGACGGCUUGUUUGCUUUCAGGAGGUCUCUCUUCGGCCCUCUGGCAGAGAAGCUUGGGUUCGAGUUCUCCGAGAACGACUCGCCGGAUCUUAUCCAGUGGAGGAUCACCGCGAUCACCAAUGCGGCUAAUGCUAAUGAUCCCAAGACGAUCGCCAAGGUCAAGCGCCGGUUCAACUUCUUGCUUGAGAAGAACGACGCGUCCCAAAUUGCCGGUGACCUCCAGCGCACUAUCUACGCGAAUGCGGUCCGCCUCGGCGGUGUGAAGGAAUGGGAGAAGGUCCUCGAGAUUUACCGUCAUUUCGAGACGCCGUCUCAGAAAACGGCAGCAAUGAUCGCCUUGUGCCGCUCUACAGAUCCUGCGCUUGUCAAACGUACGCUGGACCUUAUCCUCACAGAGGAAGUAAAGACACAGGACUACAUGUACUUCAUUGCUGGAUCGGCGUUGAACCCUUCUGCCCGCCGGGAGGUGUGGCAGUGGGUCCAGACGCACCUGUCCACACUUGUGGAGAAGUUCAAGGGCAACUUCUCCCUUGGCCGUGUCCUUCAAUACAGCUUUGACUCCCUCACGACGUUCGAAGACGUCAAGGCCAUCGAGCGCUUCUUCAAGGAUAAGGAUACGAGCACAUAUGUCCAAGCGCUCUCACAGGGGUUGGACGAUGUGCGGAGUAAGGCGGCUUGGCUGGAGCGGGAUAGGGCCGAGGUGGAACAGUGGCUCAAGAAGAAUAGUUACUUGUAA